GAAGAAAACAGUGCGUUUAAAAAUAAAAGCGCAAAUGAGUAUUAUUUGAAGAAGUUUGAAGUUGCUGAAAAUGAAAUUAUUGAAUUGACGCAAAAUUUAUUUCUUAUUACAACUAAAAAUCAAAAUCGUUCAAUAACUU